UAAAUAACUACGCGCGUGCUGUAGUGUACAUUUCUAAACUCCAUAAAAUACCGUAACCAAACUGAGAAGUGCGUCUUAUCUACCUCGUUACCAUUUAAACGAACAAUUACAACAGUUGUUUUCUUUUUUCUCCACUCCGCAAGAAAAGUAAACAAUGUUGAGCGGUUUAAUUGUUAAGCGAUUAGGGUUGUAAAGUUUUCCGGUGCAUCGACGCCAGAACGAUAGUCGCGUGGCUCGGCGAGUCAGAGGCACUCCCACUCGACACUCGCGGCCGCCGCCGGUUCGCACCGCACUCAUUCACUCCAGUCUUCUGCCGACUGUCGCGGCGAUAGCACGCGCGCACUCCGCUACACGCCUCGCCUCAGAUGUUAGUGUACGAUUACGACAUCGCGUUACAUCUCGAACUUUUACCGUGACAGUGAAUUGUACUUUCACGAAUAUGGGUUAAACAUCCCCUUUAGCGUGAUGAGUCCGGGCGAGCGCGCCGCCCCCGGGCGCCGCGAACCCGCUCGCCCUCAGUAUGCCACCACCGCACCGGGUUUCCCGCCGCCCUACUACCCGCCCUAUGGUGUGCCGCACCCGAAUGCAUGGCUUGGCGCACCCUUAAUAUCAAUGGCAGGUCGGGCACCACCUCAAGCCCGGAAUACGCCUGUAUCCAAGCUAGCUAUGCACGCACAAGGAGCACCCCUCAUCAUUCAAAACAGACACGACCGAAGAAAGUUUUCAACUGCACCCGAGCAACGUAACCAUCGGCCAGUCGGCCAGACCGAGCACGUCGCUAGAGACCGGUGUGAUGCACCCGAGGGAAACAGGCCGCGUAACCAACAGCAGCAAACGCGUUCUACGCGAGGCGGACGUAACAACAACACGGAUGCGGUCAGUGUCGCGAGCGAUGAAAGUUCCGGCUCAACUAACUCUGAGACUAUGUUGCCAAGGAUAAUCAAACCACGCAAACGACGUAAAAAGGACAGAAAACCUAAUAAUAUUGCACCGCACGAUUUAUCGGCAGCAGCGUUAGAUCUCGGCGACGUCGAUCAUUGUGCGGUUUCAGGCCUAACGUCAUCGCAUGGUAUAUAUGAGGAUACUUAUUGUUGGGAAAUGUCUUUACCUUACCGUUUGGAUGUCAAAGUGAUGGGAUAUCCGGAACCAGUACCGGAGACGUAUCGAGUUUCAGCGUUAGGGGACGCGUUAGAAGCGACCCGAUUUGGUUUAGCAGAGGCAGUUUCGCCUGCGGAGUCAGCUGUGAGUUCGUGUCAGUGUCGCCUUUGUGACCCCGUGGGACAAAUCUGGGAUGCCGAUUCUAUCGCAGAUUUACUUGAUGAAAAUUCUUGUGGUGACUUCGCGCCUACGAAGUUAGAGGAGUCUAUGAAAGUGGUUGGCCCUAUGGGGAGGAGAGGAGCAGACACGACAUUACGCCGCAGUUGGAGUGAUCCUUCGUCAAGAGUUCCGGAGCGAAGAGAUGUUAAUAGUGGGGAAACGUAUUCUGCCCCUAACUUGUACUCGUUAUUUCCACCCACGAGAAGAGCCAGUUCGCCGGAACCUCGUUCUCCUCUUGCUCUAGAUAUAUCCUCUGAAAUUGUUACCUCCAUGAACGGCCACCGUGACCUGGAAAUCAAGUUGUUUUCGACCUCGCCCCCGGCUACGAACUCCGACCGUCGCUCCUUCUUCGCCAAUAAAAGUGAAAGUGCUGUGAACAGAUGUAUCGCGAGCAACGAUCUUAAAGUGAACAGUGUGGUGAAUAAUAACAGAGUCGAGUCUAGUGUCAAACCGACCGGCAAAAACAGUGAGGAUGUGUCUGAAACGGGGUGUUUAUCGGCAUUCGUGACCGGUGAGCCUUCGCGCAACAUUUGUGAUUUAGCAUUAAUUACUGCCUGAGCUACUCGUGUUCGAGUAAUGCGAUAUAUUAAGUGGAACUUAGUGUUGUCGAGCUGACCAGGUGGCUCUACGCUCGCCAUUUGAGCUGGACUCAAAUUGUCUCAGCGAGGCAUGCACGGAGCGUCUCACCACGGCCCACUAAAAAUUGAGAUCUCCGAAUCGGUUUCCUGUAGAUUCUAUAAUUAAUUUAUUGAUAACACAAUAGCGUAGGAAACUGACGGGGGACUUUAUCUGGAAAUAUGUAGAGAUUUAAUAUUCGCUGUUUAUCAUAAUAUUAUAUUCGUAGUAUAAAAUCAUUAGGCCCCAUCUAUAACAUAAAAAAACUAAGUGCUAUUAUUGAAAGUUAGUUGGGAGUAGGCGUCGGUGUCAUACGGUUUAUGUAUGAUCGGCGGAUUUGCGAACAGUUAGUUAAUUUGCAGCAGAAAUGAUGUAGAAGUCGUGCUUUCAGAGUAGAGAUCACAAUAUACGAUAUAUUAUAAAUCAAUUGCAAUUUAGUGAAACGAGCGGCCGUAGCGCUGUGCCGGGCCGGGCGCGCCAUAACUCGCUGUGUGCAAUUAGCGUUUCACACUACUGACACGGUUCUCGCGCUGCGGCUGCGCGCUCACUAUUGCGGUUUCCCGCGGUUUUCACCGCGCGCGCCGUUCCGGGUGGCGCCUCGUGCGCGC